AUGGUCAGGGACCCUCUUCCUGCCUCCCCCUCCUUACUGGAUGCUGAUAAAAAGGACAAAUGCAUGCAUCGGAAUGAAGCCAAGAAGCCAGAAGAAGGGCCUCUGGACGACGCCCCGGGCGCUUUGGGGCCGCGGCGGUUUCUUUUCCUUCUGCUGAUGUGGGAAUGGGUAAUUUCGGAGUGCGAAGAGUCAGUCCACUCAUUUUCUUUUGGCCCUCACGUGAGCUGUAAAAUCGGGUGGCGGAACCAUCUCUUUGUUGAGUCCUGGUUCCUGCCCGGGAAGGGGCUGGUCAUCUACCCAGAGAUUGGAGACAAACUGGACAUCAUCUGCCCGAAGGUGGAGCCGUCCAAGCCCUACGAGUAUUACAAGCUAUACCUGGUGAAGCGGGACCAGGCAGAGUCCUGCAGCACCGUCAUGGACCCUAAUGUGCUCGUCACUUGCAAUAAGCCGGAGCAGGAGAUCCGUUUCACCAUCAAGUUCCAGGAGUUCAGCCCCAACUACAUGGGCCUCGAGUUCAAGAGGCACCAUGACUACUUCAUCACCUCCACUUCCAAUGGGUCCCUGGAUGGCUUGGAGAACAGAGAAGGCGGUGUCUGCCGGACACGCUCCAUGAAGAUCGUCAUGAAAGUCGGCCAGGAUCCCAAUGCGGUGCUGCCCGAGCAACCGACCGCCGGCCGGCCCAGCAAGGAGUCAGACAACACCGGGAAAGCGGCCACUCAGAGCCCACGUAACAAGCUGCCCCCUUCGGUAGGGGAGGACCCCGCUCAACCAGAUUCUGUCAACCAAGAUGGCCAGGACUCCAACAGCCCCCAGGAGGGGUUCUUCAGCUCCAAGGUGGCGGUCUUUGCAGCGAUCGGGGCCGGCUGUGUCAUCUUCAUCCUCAUCAUCAUCUUCCUCGUCAUCCUCCUGAUCAAGAUCCGCAAGCGGCACCGGAAGCACACGCAGCCGCGGGCGGCCGCCCUGUCGCUCAGCACCUUGGCCAGCCCCAAGGGGGGUGGCAACGCCGGCUCGGAGCCCAGCGACAUCAUCAUCCCCUUGCGGACUACAGAGAACAACUACUGCCCGCACUACGAGAAAGUGAGCGGGGACUACGGGCACCCGGUCUACAUCGUCCAGGAGAUGCCCCCGCAGAGCCCGGCAAACAUUUACUACAAGGGGCCCAACGUGCCUCCCUUAAGUGGAAGACCAGAAGCCGCCUGCCCGCCCUCUGGCCCAGCCAUUAAGAACCAGCCACCCGCCUUCCUCCCCAGGGGCAUUGUGUUCCCUGACCCUUCGGCUGCCAACGUGCCAGACUGUGUCCCUGUUUGCCGCCACUGCUACCUGCAGGGCGAGCGAACGGCCCUCCCUCCGACGUGA